CAACGGAGGAGCACUCACAAUAUCGAAGCAAUUCAACACGCACAAGAUGAAUGGGAUAAUAUCAAGGAGCUGCUACAGGCAGCUCCUCAAAGAGCCCAUGAGGUCCAAUUCCUUACCAGCCUUCCUCCUUCCCGCCUUUUCCCUUCCCCUUCGCAGCCAGCCCUUCUCAACAUCAACCCCGACACAAUCGCGAAUUGGCGCUUCGCCGCUCUCAAUUCCUUCCGAAGUCUCAUUGAAAUUCAUCGAGUUGCCAAAAGCUAAAAAUAUCACUGCGCGGCAGGGGAAGGAUACUCCCACUACUGCAGUGGAGGUUACUGGACCAUUGGGAACCAUGACAUUGACGCUCCCGUCAUUCUCGACCGUAAACUUUGAUCCGGAAUCCCGAAAGGCAACAGUCGAAGUACAAGAUGUGGAGGUUACACAUCAGCGUGCUAUGUGGGGAACUGUACGGCAGCAUUUGAAAAACUACGUUUUAGGAGUGUCAGAAGGCCAUACUUGCAUCCUCAAGCUCGUCGGAGUUGGAUUCAGGGCGAUGAUCGAACCCAAGGCCGUCACCGUUCCAGAACCAGAUUACCCAGGUCAACAGUUCAUUUCGUUGAAAGUCGGCUACGCGCAUCCAAUUGAGCUAGGCAUUCCGCUUGGGGUCAAAGCCAGCAUGCCGCAACCAACUACUAUCCUACUAGAAGGAAUUGACAAGGAAGUUGUGACGCAGUUCGCUGCUGAGAUUCGCGCAUGGCGCAAGCCCGAGCCAUACAAGGGUAAGGGCAUAUUUGUGAACGGCGAGACGAUAAAACUGAAGGCAAAGAAGAUCAAGUGAUCCCGUUUUUUGUGCUAUUCAUGCUCUGCUAUUGCUUUUUGUAUAUCUAUGCCCUUGGGAUUUUUCUAGUUUAUUUUUCUGUAGAAUAGCCGCGAUAUUUCUGUUGCCGUUCUGCUCGGCCCGUCACCUGCCAUCCAUCUUCACAACACCUGAGAAUAUGUCAUAGAAUUUCUUCAUUAUAGCUUCAGUACUCUUUGAACGGCAUUGAUAACUUGAUCAUGGAUGGCGUUCGGCGAAGCAACGACACCGGUAUUGUCGGCCAGCGUUCUUCCCUUCCCAAAGUUAAGUCUCUUGCCGUAGAUAUCGGAUACCAUCCCUCCGGCUUCGCGGACCAGCAAGUCGCCAGCGGCAUGGUCCCAAAUCUUCUCUUGGUAAUUCUUCCUCACUGGAAGCCUCAAGUAAAUAUCACCAGCCCCCCUUGCAAUCGAGCAGUAUUUGGCUUGCGAGUCGAGCCGUACACUUGCGCCAGUGAUUCCUAGCAUUUUUGCAACGGCAGCGUUAUCAUCCUGUGCAGAGUGUGCAGCCUCAACCCCUUCACAGAAUGAAGCCUUUGUAAUAUCCGGGACCGGCCUCAUGGAAAUAGAUUUGCUUUCCUGUAGUUUUCCAUCAGAGAGGCGC